AUGGCAGCGUCAAAGUCAGCUGCGUAUGACAAUAUUAUUAAUCUUUUAUUAAUUGGAGAUCCAGCCGUUGGCAAAUCAAGUUUAUUGCUACGUUUUUCAGAUGAUUCUUUUAAUCCUAAUUUUAUUGUCACAAUUGGAAUCGACUUUAAAAUUAGAACGAUUGAAUUAGACGGAAAAGUAAUCAAGCUCCAAAUAUGGGAUACUUCAGGCCUGGAGCGUUUUCUCACUGUAACAACAGCAUAUUAUCGUGGUGCAAUGGGUUUUCUAUUGGUAUAUGAUGUCACCGACGCAAUCACUAAAGAACAAGGUCAAGCACUUGCAAAAGAGUUUAACGUCAAAUUUCUGGAAACUAGUGCCAAGGCUAACAUCAACGUUGAAGAGGCAUUCAUUACUUUAGCCAG